AUGCCAGGUUCUCAAAGCGCAGCUGUUCUAGCAGGGAGCAGUGCCAAUAGCUAUUGUAUACUAGAUGGUAAUGAUUCGCAGAAUGCAGAUAUGAUGGAUUUUGACGAUGGUUCCGGUCCAGCAGAUCCACGACUUGAAAAACACCAGCAGCAACAGCAGCAGCAGCAGUUAUUGCAUACCGAUUUUUAUAAUGAUUUCGGUGAUUUGUUCGAUAAUGUUAAAAUUUGA